AUGUCCUCGUGGUGCCGCAUUCUCACUGUUGUCGCGACCGUCCUCCACCUCCAAGAGCCUGCGUGCGGCGCACCAGGCGCAAGUCCAGCUUGCGUGCUCACAUGGAGCGGGCAGAUCAUCGCGGGAAAGCUCGAGGACGGCGUGUGCAAAACGACUGUCCGCUACGGGAGCGCCAAGCGGUGGGAGGACUCGGUCGCCGUCACGAGCCAGAGCGGUAUCCAUGCCACCGAGCUCCCUCCUUCUUGUCCACAGAUCACGGCGAAUCCAACACAGGGGCAAAGCAGUUCAGAAGAUUGCCUCAUGGCCACGAUCUACGCUCCAGUGGGAGCGCGCCAACUCCCCGCUCUCAUAUGGCUCCAUGGUGGCUCGUACUCGAUCGGCUCAGCUUCGGCGCCAGGUCUUGACGGGUCUGAGCUCGCGAAGAAGGGCAAAAUUGUCGUCAUCUUCCUCCAAUACCGCCUCAACGUCCUCGGCCUGAUUCCACCUCAGUCUGCGCCGUCGGCUUCCGAUCCAAACCUUCAGGUCCGCGAUGUGAUCCUCGGCUUGAAAGAGAUCAGGAAGAACCUUGGGUGGCAGGUCGACACAAGCAAGGUCACUUUGGGUGGGCAAAGCACCGGAGCCAGCCUGAUCCGCGGAUUGUUGGUUGCACCCGGUACACAAGGCCUGUUCCAGCGCAUGAUCCUGCAGUCUGAUCCUUUCGCCUACGGCAUGGCACCAAUGGCCGAGACCAACAAUUUCCGCGGCCGCAUCUUUUCCCAUCCCGCUCUAGGAGGCGUAACAGGUUUCGCGGACCUGCAGGCAGCAUCACUUGAAAACGUGAUGAGUGCCGCACGAGCAGUCUUUUCAGAAGCCCGGGUCCAGGUUCCGGAUGCUCCUAUAGGCCAGCCCUUCCGCCCGACCUACGAUACACCCACCAUUCCGAAGGAGCCUACGGCCGAGAUCUUCAACAAUGCUGGCGGGUUAUCCGUCUCGCCAGCAAACGUGCCCCUCCUCAUAACCUCAACGGCAGACGACGGUGCGGCCUCAGUUCCGCCUAACCUACUUUCCUACUUGUUCCUCGAGCCACUGUUAAAGCGCCUGCUGGGCGACUCUGGCACGCAGGUCGUACUCACCUGGUCGGCAUACAAUAUUACCAACGAUUCAGCCGACAAGCGACCCGACGUUGCCAAGAUCAUCACCGAUGCCGCGUUCCGCUGUUCCGCCCGCGAAGCUGCACGCAAGUGGGCCGCCGCUGGGGGACGGGUGUACGUCGGCGAGUUCCGCGAGGGCGUACAUUACCCUUUCAACGACCAGUGUUCCUUCUGCACAGGCAAGGUGUGCCACAUGGACGACAUUCUCCCUACUUUUGGACAGGGCGGAGCCUUCGCCACCAUGAUCACCGACACCUGGCUGACGUUCAUCAAGAACGGCGAGCCAGAUGGAUGGGCACCCUUCGCUUCCAGUAACGGGGUUGAUGGCGCUGGCGUCAAGGCUCUUGGAGGUGACGGGGUGGUGCCAGCUUGCCAGGCCGACUUCUGGGGUAACGCUGUCAAGUGGCAUUGGCAGCUCACUGCGUGA